AAUGCGUACAGUGUACUGAUUCAGGAACACGUGUGUCCAGCGCAUGCCUAUAACUUGCAGACAAAAUUGGACACGGUAUCGAUUUUCCUUCAUUUCGGCUACUGGAGCACAGCGUGAAAGUUCCUCCUAACUUCUUGAUCCUAUCAGCUGUUUCUGACAUUCCUCAAAUUAUUCAAUAGGUUCUUUUAUCUUUUUUCCUAUUCUAUCCACUUGAAACUUUUAAAUAUUGCAUGAAUUCCAAGUAAGGGAUUAAAUCUUACCAAAUCUAUCCAGAAGCAAGCAAACAAUAAACUGGGUAGUUUAAAUGCUCCGAGCGAUAUAAUUUUUCACUGCAUUGAAAUCAGUGUUCCGGUUUAGUGAUGCAAUUAUACGGUUAUCUGUUGAAGAGUGAAAUCUACCAAAUCUUGUACGUUCAGGAUGUGUAAUUUCUCGCGAUAUGAAGAAUAUUUGGCCACAGUUACUAGGGCGUUUGAUCCGAAGAUUCUAUUCCUUACGGUAAUUCCCCUGGUCGCAGCAUGCAGCACUCGUCUAUAUUCACGGCUUCUGCUUAGCGUAUUGCUUACCGAAUACGUGAAUACACUGCUCAAAUGGAUACUUGCCGAAGAUCGACCAUUUUGGUGGGUGAGGGAGACCAAAGAGUUCACCACAUUGAACCGCCCUAAGCUGUACCAAAAUGAACUCACGUGUGAACCUAGCCCGGGGAAUCCGUCCGGUCAUUUAAUGACCUCGACUACCUAUCUCUAUGUGAUAUUCUCCGUACUUGAGGAGGCUGGUAUGCGGUAUGGAAAGUUUGUUGUGAUUGCAAUGCGCAUAUGCUACUAUUUAGCGUUGUUGUUCAUAUCUGUUUCACGGAUGUACUUCGGGUGUCAUUUUUUGCACCAAUGCAUAUUUGGGAUACUGAUGGGAGUAAUCUUAACUAAAUUAACCAUGUCACUAAGCUUCGAAAAGUAUCUCACGAAGCUAACUCGAAAGCGCAGAUUGACUUACUGCAGUAUGAUAUGUAUGACGUUCUUGGGUGUGUACUGGGUACAAAAAGCUCUCGGAGUAGAUCCACAAUGGUCAGUCAAGAUGGCCUUCAAGUGGUGUGAUGAUCCUUUCUUUUUGGAUCCUAGUACUACGCUCGUGUUCAGCAUCAUUCGCCUGACCGGAGCAUUGAUUGCCUUUGCCAUAGUCGGACCUGUUUUGAAAUCACUUCCACUCGACCGCAAACGAAGUAUCCCGUUAACGCUAUUGAUGAUGGUUGUCAAAUGGACAGCAAUUAGUUACACGCCACGCCAUUAUGGUGUCAUAGUUUAUUAUCUUUACACGUUUUUAAUUCAUCUGAUUUUUACCUAUUGCUACAUGCGAUUAGUGCCGGCUGUGACGAGCGUGAGUGUAGAUUCGAGAGUACAACGCAACAACAGACCUAAAAUGAGUUAAAUCUACAUCAAAGCCAAGACUUAGGCAAUCUUUCCUGGAUCAUUUGUUACUGUACGUUUGAUAAGGCUUUUUUACACGCACACAUAAUGCUCAAAAGAAAGAUUCUGCUUUCAACCUCACUCAGCUGCAUUUUCUUUUAGAAAAACUGUUUAAAUUAAUAAAAAAUUUGAUUAAAACACGCAUAUUUGUUACAUG